AGACGGACAAGCAGCAGGACUGUUGGAGAGGAGAGAAAAAAACAACCUGCAACAAGAAACCAAAUCAAUGCAGCAAGAGGGAGAUUUGACUUUCACUUAAAGCGUCUAUCUUCUCUUAAUCUUUUCAUUUUGUUAGAGGGGGUCGCAGUAGUUUCACAGGACUGCAGAACAGCAGGGGAGGAAGAGAGAAUUAGAGCCUCAAGAGAGAGGGAGAGAGAGAGAAGUGCAGCAUCACCCGAAUUCCCCCUGUUCUGUUCCCUUGAGGCAGUGUGAGCACGCUCUCUCAGACACAGCAGGGCCACACCGGCACCGGCACCAUCAGCGUCAGAGUCCACCCACGGCAGGCAGGACCUCCAGCGCUGCAACCCCCCAGCCUCUCAGCCCCAGCUUCAAACCAGGACCUCGCCAGGCCUCAUCCAUCUUCAUCUGCACCAGACAGUCGGCUUAACCAGGCUGAACCAUGGCACAAGCUGCCAAACAUCUCGUGAAGAACAAGGAAUUAAAAAUCCAGCUUGAGGCGGAGCGCCUGCUGAAGGAGGAGGAAAAGGCCAAGAAGAGAAACCGCUCGCGGGAUAAAAAGCGCAAGGCUGAUGCUGUCACUAGUUUUCUGCGGGCGGCUCGUUCUGGUAACAUGGACAAGGCCCUCGACCAUAUAAAGAAUGGCAUAGACAUCAACACAGCCAAUCAGAACGGGCUGAACGGGUUGCAUCUGGCCUCUAAAGAAGGCCACGUUAAAAUGGUGCUGGAGUUACUACAUGGAGGCAUCGAUGUGGAAACCCAGACUAAGAAAGGCAACACAGCUCUGCACAUUGCUGCCCUGGCUGGGCAGGAACAAGUGGUGGCAGAGCUGGUAAAUUACGGGGCCAACAUCAAUGCCCAGUCCCAGGUGAGACCCCCACCAGUGUCAGAAGAGACCCCGGCCCCACUGGCAGGACCCCCUGCAGAAGAGCCACCAGCCACAACGGAUACACAUACAAAGGGCUUCACUCCGCUCUACAUGGCCGCACAAGAGAAUCAUCUAGAAGUUGUGAAGUUCCUUUUGGAGAACGGGGCCAAUCAAAGCAUUCCUACUGAGGAUGGCUUUACCCCUCUCGCCGUGGCUCUUCAGCAGGGACAUGAGAACGUUGUGGCCCUGCUCAUCAAUUACGGCACCAAGGGCAAAGUUCGCCUCCCAGCGCUGCACAUAGCAGCGCGGAACGAUGACACGCGCACAGCUGCUGUGCUUCUACAGAACGACCCCAACGCAGACGUCCUGAGCAAGACAGGCUUCACACCGCUUCAUAUCGCUGCACACUACGAGAACCUGAGCGUAGCCCAACUGUUGCUCAACAGAGGAGCCAAUGUCAACUUCACCCCUAAGAAUGGCAUCACACCUUUGCACAUCGCAUCCAGGAGGGGGAAUGUGAUCAUGGUACGACUCCUGCUGGACCGAGGGGCACAGAUUGAUGCCAAGACCAAGGAUGAGUUGACUCCACUGCACUGUGCAGCCAGGAAUGGACACGUGAGGAUCAUUGAGAUCCUGUUGGACCAAGGGGCUCCCAUCCAGGCCAAGACCAAGAACGGCCUGUCUCCCAUCCACAUGUCAGCACAGGGGGACCACAUGGACUGUGUGAGGCAACUAAUGCAAUACAAUGCUGCAAUUGAUGACAUCACACUGGACCACCUGACCCCCCUGCAUGUGGCGGCCCACUGUGGGCACCACCGCAUGGCCAAAGUGCUGCUGGACAAAGGAGCCAAACCCAACUCCCGUGCACUGAAUGGUUUUACUCCACUUCACAUCGCCUGUAAGAAGAACCACAUGCGUGUGAUGGACCUCUUGCUGAAACACUCUGCUUCCCUAGAGGCUGUGACGGAGUCUGGCCUGACCCCUUUACAUGUGGCCUCGUUCAUGGGCCACCGCAAAAUAGUCACCAUCCUGGUACAGAAGGGAGCUUCUCCCAGCGCUUCCAAUGUGAAAGUGGAGACUCCUCUUCACAUGGCAUGUAGAGCUGGACACUAUGAGGUGGCAGAGUUCUUACUGACCAAUGCAGCGCCGGUAAACGCCAAGGCCAAGGAUGACCAGACACCGCUCCACUGUGCGUGUCGGAUGGGCCACAAGGAGCUGGUUAAGCUGCUGCUGGAGCACAAGGCCAACCCCAACUCCACCACCACAUCCGGACACACACCCCUCCACAUCGCUGCCCGUGAGGGACACGCUCAGACCACACGUAUCUUACUUGACAUGGAAGCCCAGCAUACCAAGAUGACCAAGAAAGGCUUCACUCCUCUCCAUGUGGCUUCAAAAUAUGGCAAAGUGGACGUGGCAGAGCUGCUGCUGGAGAGAGGGGGCAACCCUAACGCUGCUGGCAAGAAUGGUCUGACUUCUCUCCAUGUGGCUGUCCAUCAUGACAAUCUGGACAUGGUUAACCUGCUGGUCAGCAAGGGAGGCUCCCCACACAGUGCAGCUAGGAAUGGCUACACCCCUCUCCACAUAGCAUCGAAGCAGAACCAGGUGGAGGUCGCUAGCAGCCUGCUGCAGUACGGUGCCUCGGCCAACGCCGAGUCCCUUCAGGGGGUCACGCCCCUCCACCUGGCUGCUCAGGAGGGCCGGCCUGACAUGGUCGCCCUGCUCAUCUCCAAACAGGCCAACGUCAACCUGGGAAACAAGAGUGGACUGACUCCUCUCCACCUAGUGGCACAGGAAGGCCACGUGGGCAUCGCUGAUAUUCUGGCUAAGCAGGGGGCAUCAGUGUAUGCUGCCACACGGAUGGGAUACACCCCUCUCCAUGUUGCCUGUCACUAUGGCAAUGUAAAGAUGGUGAAGUUCCUCCUGCAGCAGCAGGCCAAUGUCAACAGCAAGACCAAGGUUGGUUACACUGCCCUGCACCAGGCAGCCCAACAGGGCCACACAGACAUCGUUACCUUACUGCUCAAACAUGGAGCCCAGCCGAACGAAGUCGCUACUAACGGUACGUCAGCCCUGUCCAUCGCCAAGCGUUUGGGGUACAUCUCCGUAAUCGACGUUCUCAAACUGGUUACAGAGGAGACGGUUUCCAUGACCACCACAGAGAAACAUCGUAUGAGUUUCCCAGAAACAGUGGAUGAGAUAUUGGACGUAUCAGAGGAUGAAGGAAUUGCACAGCUAACCAUAGGGCAAGAGCUUUUGGGGACGGAAGGAGCCAGGUACAUGAAGAUGGAUGACUUAAAGGACCAUGAUGACGAUUUCCUGUCACCCAAGAAAUCUAUGGAUAACUACUCGCCUGCCAUUCCCAGGAUCCCUUGUGUGUCCCCAGAGACGGUCAUCCUGAAGGAGCAUGACAUGGAGCAGGUACACACUCCAAUGCCAUUACAAAAAGAUUAUGAUGAUGACUCCCUGAUCCCCAGCAGUCCAGCUACAGAGACCUCUGACAACGUCAGUCCUGUGGCCAGCCCCAUACACACAGGGUUCCUGGUGAGUUUCAUGGUGGAUGCUCGGGGCGGCUCGAUGCGAGGCAGCAGACAUAACGGCCUGCGUGUCAUCAUCCCUCCACGGACCUGUGCCGCCCCCACACGGAUCACCUGUCGUCUGGUCAAGCCCCAGAAACUCACCACUCCUCCCCCCCUGGUGGAGGGAGAGGGCUUAGCCAGCCGUAUCAUAUCACUGGGCCCAGCCAGCAUGCAGUUCCUGGGGCCUGUGAUCGUGGAGAUCCCUCACUUUGCUGCUCUGGGUCGAGGGGACCGGGAGCUGGUGGUGCUGAGGAGUGAGAACGGCUCUGUCUGGAAGGAACACCGCAAUCGCUAUGGCGACGAUGUGCUAGAGACUAUCCUCAAUGGGAUGGAUGAAGAGCUGGAGAGCCAAGAGGAGCUUGGGAAGAAGCGUAUCCGACGAAUCAUCUCCACUGACUUCCCCCUCUACUUUGCUGUGGUGUCGCGCGUCCAGCAGGAGAGCGAUCUGAUUGGCCCAGAGGGGGGUCAGCUGACCAGUAAACUGGUACCGUUGGUCCAGGCUUCGUUCCCUGAGACAGCGGUCACCAAGCGAGUCCGCCUGGGCCUGCAGGCCCAACCAGUCCCAGACGAGCUGGUUGCCAAGCUGCUGGGUAACCAGGCAACCUUCAGCCCUGUGGUGACUGUGGAACCACGGCGACGCAAGUUCCACCGGCCCAUCGGCCUGUGCAUCCCCCUACCCCCCUCCUGGAGAGAGAGCCCCCGGGACUCUGGAGAGGGGGACACCACCAGCCUGCGCCUGCUCUGCAGUGUCAUCGGUGGCACAGCCCCAGCCCAGUGGGAGGACAUCACAGGCACCACCAAGCUCAUAUAUAGCAAAGACUGUGCCAACUUCACAACCAAUGUGUCAGCACGGUUCUGGCUGGCUGACUGUCCCCGGACAGCCGAGGCCAUGUCUUUCGCCAACCUCCUGUACCGGGAGCUCUCAGCCGUGCCCUACAUGGCCAAGUUUGUGGUGUUUGCCAAGAUGAACGAGGUCCGUGAGGGCCGUUUGCGCUGCUACUGCAUGACUGAUGACAAGAUGGACAAAACCCUGGAGCAACAUGAGAACUUCAGCGAGGUGGCCCGCAGUCGCGAUAUCGAGGUGAUGGAGGGUAUGCCACUGCACCUGGAGUGUUCUGGAAACCUGGUCCCAGUGAGGAAGGCUACCCAGCAGCCUCGCUGUUUCAGCUUCCAGGCCUUCCGAGACAAUAGACUCCCCGUCUCUGUCAAGGUGAGAGAUAGUAGCAAAGAUCACUCCGGAUUCUUGUCUUUCCUGCGGAAGUCUACCAAGUACGAAGACAGCCAACAUGUGCUGUGCAACCUCAAUAUUACCAUGCCUCUGUGUAUCAAGGCUGCUGGGAGUGAAGAUCGGAGGCGAACUCUGACCCCAUUAGCCCUGCGAGAGAGAUACAGUGCCCUGAAUGAGCCUGCCAUGGGUAAAGCAUCAAUGAGUGCCAUGGAAAAGACAGAGCUGAAGAUGGCUCUGAUAGCUGAACAGUUGGGACUGAGCUGGGCUGAGCUGGCGAGGGAGCUACAGUUCAGUGUAGAUGACAUUAAUAAGAUCCGUGUGGAGAAUCCUAACUCCCUAUUGGAGCAGAGUUCUGCCCUGCUCAGCCUAUGGGCCACCUGUGAGGGCAAGAGAGCCGAUAUGGAGAGAUUGUACACAGCUCUGAAGAGCAUUGACCGGAUGGACAUAGUAAACAUGUUGGAGGGCCAGGGGCCACAGCCUGAUGGGAGGCAGGCCCGGGAAACAAGCAGACGCAGACACAACGAGAGCGACCACAUCUCCCCCAGCCUGACCAAUGGUUACGGGAUAUUACAGGAGGAGCUGCUCUCCCCUCCUUCCAUGCAGUACAGCCUGCCCUCCCCACUCGGAAAUGAGCCCUACUGGCAGGAAGUCUCCAGUCUGGAGUGUGCUCCCAUGGCCAUCACAGAGGAGGACACACUCAUGGAGAUGUCCGAUGUGCAGGUGUGGCCCUCGGGCAACAGCCCCUCCCUAGUGGCCGUGGAGGACUCCUCACUGGAGUGCAGCAAUGCUGACGACUCGGAGGGGCUGCAGGGGCUCUCGUACGGGAGCCUGGGCCGGCCGGGCAGUAGGGCUAGAGGAGAGGAAGGGGGGCUGAGUGGCUCCAUGGAGCUGGUGGAAGAGAACUCAGAGAUGGGGGCUGUUGACUCGUUCAGCACCGCCACCCCUGCCACCCCUGCUUCGUUCAGCACAGCCACCCCUGCCACCCCUUCUUCGUUCGGAGGCACCAUCGCCGCCAUGUUAUACAACGUUAAUGGUCUGGAGAAGGGUCAAGGGUCAAAAGUCGUGAAGUCAGAGGCAGCAGCGGUCAGAGGCAACUUGGCAGGUGGAGACGGAGAUGGAGUUGAAGGAGGAAGAGGAGGAAGGACAGGCUCAGAGGAAGGGCUUUCUCUUGUUGCAGGACAACAGCAGCGAGUGUACACCCGGCUGAGCAAGUCGCCCGGUCUGAGGCGCGUGGCUGAUCGUAAUGGAGACAGGUCCAGUGGUGGCGGCAGUGGUAGUAGAGGCAGUGGCGGAGGUGGUGGCUCUUUACUGUCCUAUCUGCAGGAGCAGUCGGGUCCAGGUUGGCAACCUGUCACUGACCACACUCAGGCCUGGUUGGGUUCACAGACAACAAAACCCAGGCAGGCCAUGGACUCAAUGAUGUCAUCAGUGCGCGCUGCCAUGGAUGUGGACCCCAGCCAGUCCCGUGUGUCCCAGGAGGCCCUGCUUCAGCCGGUGCGGGACAUGGGGCACUCUGAGCUCCUGCGUGGGCACUUCAGGGGCACCCAGCCAUUUGAGAAGGGCCUGGGGUUCCCUCACAGGGUACCAGAGCUGCAGACCUGGGACGACGUACUCCUGAGGCAGGAGGGUGACGAGGCCAAGGAUCUUCCAGGGGAACAAGUGAGCGAGGAGCAGUUCACAGACGAGCACGGAAACAUCGUCACCAAGAAGAUUGUACGGAAGGUGGUGCGCAGGGGGAAGGGCUCAGGUGACGUGGGGGGUCAGGAGCGGUCAGUGAGCGUGGAUGGCUCUCUGCAGGAUGAGCUGGAGGCUGAGGCGGAGCAGUUCAUAAACUACGCCGUCCUGAGCAGCAAGCCUGAUAUUGUGGAUGUGAAGAAGGGUGCUCAGAUAGUGAAAUGUGCCAGUCUGCGGAGAGUAAAGCAGUGAGGGAAGCAUGCAGACAGAGUGGCAGAGCGACAUGUGCCCGCAGGAUUUGAGCCCCACACCAAAACAAUCCUACUUAGACACAUGACCGGCGGCAGGUGACAGGAGGAAUGAAGAGGAGGAGAAUAAUGGAGAGAAAAGAAGAGAGAUUGGAACGAACGAAACACUAACUUCAUAAUAACAACAACCACCACGGCAAAGCCGACGAUCACGAGAGCGAAGUGGAUUUACUCCUAGUUUUCUUACCUUUUUAAAAAGAGAAACAAUCCAAACAUGUCAACUACUAGGCUCGGUGCAUGAUUUCGUAUAAAACAAAACCAAACACAGACAACAAAAAAAUAGCAACCAAAACGUGCUUCCUGUUAUAUGUAUCAGCAUGAAUGACUGCUGGCGCAUGGCCUGUCUUUCACUACAGUACUAGGGGUUGUGGGGGGGGGGGGUCACUCCUGUAUUGGAUAGGAGGCCAUGUUGGGGUGUAGGGCAAGAUGAAUAUGUCAUACGUACCCUUUCUAAAGAAACAGGGCAGUGUUUGUUUGUGAAACUUCUGAAAAGGGAGGCUGUCAAAAUACUCAGAAUUAUCUCUAGGCAACAGGUCACUCUCCCUCCCUGUCACACUGAACAGACUCUUCCAGCAAAAUAAAAUAUUAAAUACAUCACAGGCUGGUUUCAGCCCUUCACUGUCCCACUCCAGUAGCCUACAUUUAGGACAUUGGUGUUGUACAUUCUAUCUGCACUGAAAUGCUACGUGACUGAGUGUUACCUGUGUUUUAUGUCACCAUAACCCUAUGUGAUGCUAAUGAUGCUGCUGUUUCAGACACCUAAACGAUUCUUCUGCUCUGGUGUUCUUGUUUGGUUAACUCUAUGCGUAUAUGUUCGAUAUAUCUUGACAUCCGGUGGGUAUGAGAACAAACAAAACAAACCUCUGUGUCGUUCUGCCUGUUUUAUCUGUCCAUUUUUGUGUGUCCGGUUAUUUGUUAUUUUGUGAUUUUCGUGUGAUGCCUCCCUUUGCUGGGGUCAUGUCACCUAGAGGGCAUUAUUGGCUUCAGAGACAUUUCACGGUUCUUUGUGUUUUAGAAAGAGGAGGUUCUGUGUUGACUUUCCUCCCCAACCCCACAACCAACCUCCCUGGAGGGGUUUGUGUGCUUCCAGGGUGAAUGUAAUUGGAGUAAAGGCUGGGGCAGUCAUGAGAACGUUGGAAAGACCUUUCAUCUACCCUGCUAUAUGUGUGCAGCUAUAGUCCAGCUAUAGUCCAGUCCUGUCACCACCAUCUGUAUGUAUGUAUGCAGUCCACCCACCUCAUUCAUCUCUACACCCCAUCCUCACACCCCAUUCUCCCUGCACUGCACACCCUGCCCUGCCCUGCCUCCCUCCACUCCCCCAGCCUUUCAGUGUAGAUGCAGCAGUCCUGUUCUGUCCCUCUCAAUAUGGAUAUUAUGUAGCAGUUCUGUUCAUUACCAGCAGGGGUCAGAGUCCCCCUAAUUAAUGUAGCAUCUCCCCUCUGGUGUGUCUGUCACACAGCAACAGAUUGUCAGUCUGAUAUCACAGGAUAUAUCCAAGAGGGUUUACAGAUCAUCUACCCAUCUACCCAUCAUUCGAUAAGGGUAUAGAAGUAAAUUCACCACUACAGGUAAUAAUGUAGCACUGGUUAAGCUGGUUACAUGUGAUAGUCAGUCAGGUAGAGGUGGGUAUCUACAGAGAUUUGAAAGUGUUGGGACUGUAAGUGUUGCUUGUUUUGUUGGCAACUCUCAGUAGACUAGCGAAGACAACCAGCCACCAAUCACUGUGAUAAGAAACUGUAAUACUGACCCACAACUGUGAGCCCACACAACCCCACCACAAACCUGUCUCCUUUCCUCUCGCCCCUCUCCUGAUGUCUGUACACCCCAACCCCUUUUCCCAUCAGAAAUGUAUUGUCUGGUGUUUGUUUAAAGGAAAGCAAUAACAUUGGUCGAAAGAGUAGGUCUUAAUAUGUGUAUGUGUGUGUGUGUGGGGGGGGGGUAUAGGCGUUCUAACUACUUUUACCUUAGAUGUACUGUCUGAUUAGGAGAGAUGCCAGAGCCCCAAUCAGCCUCCUGCUAAUCCACUUGACCUGCAUGGAACAUACAUCACUUCCAUGUAGGUUGCACAAAGUAGACAAAGGAGACAAGUUGGUGGACUGAGUUACUGGUUUGCAUUAUUGGAGAGCUGUUUUCUUCAAGUGUUUUUCUCCCAGUCCCAACAGUGUUUGGUUUUUGAUCUUGUGUGUUUGAAGGUUGGGUGGUAAAGAAUAGCCAUAUUCCCUGAGGUUUAUGCAAACCAUCCAAAAGUGUCCACUCAUUGUUCUUUUAAGCCUUAAUGGCAUUCAUAUUUCAAUCUAAGGAGACAUUCUAAAGUGUGUGUGCAUGUGUGUGUAUGCGAGCUUGUGUGUGUGUGUGUGUGUGUGUGUGAUGGGUCCACUGAUUGUAAGUACAAUUGAGACUGACACCGUACAGCGUCAUUUAGUGUUGACAAAAUGACAGUGCAGGGUUGAGGGCGGGGAAUUGGCAUGGGUGUGAAGGUGAUACGACACUAUUGGUGGACAUUAAACCGAGGUCCUCCGGUCCCUACCCUGAUUUAAACAUGGUUUACAGAAGUGUUACCUCAGUACAGUAUACCAUCCUACAUCAUGUAGAUUAGCUGUAAUGCUCUACAUCCUCUUGGCAUUGUAUCGUAACGGAUCUUGAUGCAUUACAUUGCUCAUAUCGUAGGAAAACGUGUGUCUCAAACACUCCAGAGAGUACAUGGACGAACACUCUGCAAUAAUAAUACCCAGACAUUGAAAUUAGUCUCCAGUCCGGGCCCAUGGUUUAUCAGCCUCUGUAGCCACAGGUAAUGAAUGUAAGUUCUUGCUCUGUACAUAUUAGUUGACUAGGUAGGCUAGACGCCAGACUGUUUAGCCUAUCUAUUGAACUCAGGAUCUGUUGUUGUUUAAGAAACUGUAUAACACUGAACACAUAUGAAUAGAUAUGUCGUCCAUAUAACCCAUCCAUGCAUAAUCAGAACGAGGGAACGAGCAAGAGAAAGAGAGCACGUAUAAGAGUCAAGUUGUUGUUUUGAGACAUUUGAUCAUCUAUCCCUGCCUCUGCACCAUUAAUACAUAUCAUGUUUAUGACCCCACCUUGACUGGGUCAAAGCUACGGGAGCAGCAGAAAGAGGAAUGGUGAAGCACCUCCAUGUGACUGCUGAAGGUCGGCUCAGUACGAGCUUCAGGAAAACCAGACAUACAUACAUACAUUAUACAUUCAUUAUGCUUCUUAGUUUGGUUUCUGUAUCUAAGUCAUUUGUGUGCACACAGUGUGGGCCAACAGUGUUUAAGUCUGGAUGUAAUAGGGGUUGGGUCUGGAGACUUGUGGAGGUGGUAGACAGGGAAAGCAGACUGGGCGAUGAGGAUCUGUGGUUGUAGAGGGGUAGUUAGACAACAUCGUGGCUUCACUGACUAGGCAGUAUUUUUUUUAAAUAGUAUUUUUCCUCAACACCGCCCACCCCCGUUCCAUCCCCGCUCACUAAAACCAAAAAGAGAUUGAGCCAGUUCUAAGGCUUCCUUCUACACAGUGACAGGCUGAGUGGAGUCAAGGAGAGGGAGGACUCAGUAGAACUUCAGACCAUGGAGGUGACGACAUAAACCAACUUCAUGCAAAAAAGAUUAACUGUUGCAAAAACUAGAGAACACAUGUAUACUCAUUUAGAAUGGAUUGAAGACAUUAUUCAUGCAAUAGCAUAUUACUCAAUACAAAGGAAUGCACCUGCGCACAUGCACAGAAAAUGUUUUUAAUAUAAAUGAAUAUAUAUAAAAUAUAUGGAAAUAUAUAUUUACUUAGAAUGCUAUGCACCCUUACUUGUCAGCGGGAUUAUAGUUAUUUUAUGGAUGUACUUUUAGCACCAUAGCUACCAAGAGACUGUUGAGUUAUGGGUAAUGCCUGCAACCUGGGAAAAAUAGGGGCCUUGUGCGUAUUUGUUUUGUUUGCUUUUAUAUUGUUAUUGAGAGGUCAAAUAUGACAAAUAUAUACAUGUACAAGCCUUUUAAUCAAAUUAAAUCCGAAGACAUCUAUAGAUAAUUUACCCUGUACACCAGCUCAAAUCAUUUACGAAAUAAUAAAGAAAUGAAAUGUC